GGUUUGAGAGGAAGAAAGCAGUAGAUAUAAGUAAGUUUCUCGAGAUUCUAGGUGCGGAUUCGCAGCACUUUUUGUGACAUGUGUUUAUCAGGAGGUCCUCAAAGGCUUUAGUCACUUCACCUGAAGGAGCUAGCUUCUCUGCUGAGCCCGAUCUCUGUGUCGUAGGGCAGAAAGUGGCUCAGGAUGAGUGAGCCUCGGCUUUGAGAAAGGCCGUCUGCGCUUUUCUCCGUUGGGACCUUAGAAGGCAGCUGAUGCUUUAGUGGCACAUCAUGGCCCAACGGGCAGUGUGGCUCUUAAGCCACGAACCUGGAACUCCACUUCGUGGCAUCCUCAGAUUCUCCAGACGGUAUCCAACCGUUGAAAAACGAGCCAGAGUCUUCAAUGGAGCAAGUUAUGUGCCUAUUCCUGAAGAUGGUCCCUUUAUCAAAGCACUACUCUUCGAACUUAGAUUAUUGGAUGAUGAUAAGGGCUUUGUGGAGAGUCGUGAUAGCUGUUCACACAUCAAUAAAACGUCCGUCUAUGGACUCACAGUAGGAGGUGAAGAACUCUGGCCAGUUGUUGCUUUUCUGAAGAAUGGCAUGAUAUAUACCUGUGUUUCACUAGUUGAACAAACUUUAUCCCCUCGACCACCAUUAAUUAGCAUUAGUGGAAUUUCACAAGCCUUUGAACUUCUUUUUGGGUUACAGGAUUUUCUUCACUCAGGUCAAAAAAAUGACACUGAGCUAAAUACAAAAUUGAGCCAGUUGCCUGACUUGCUUCUGCAGGCUUGUCCAUUUGGAACUUUGUUAGAUGCCAACUUACAGAAUUCGCUGGAUGGUAUUAAUUUUGCUUCUGUGCCUCAUACACAAAAACAGCCAGCUUGGAGAGCUGGAAUAUACAAAGGAAAACCACAAGUUUCUAUUUCUAUCACUGAAAAGGUAAAAUCCAUGCAGUAUGGCAAACAGGAUAUUGCAGAUACAUGGCAAGUCGUUGGAGCUGUCACUUGCAAGUGUGAUUUAGAAGGAAUCAUGCCAAAUGUUACCAUCAGCUUGAGUCUCCCAACCAAUGGAUCUCCACUUCAGGAUAUUCUAGUUCAUCCUUGCGUGACUUCUCUUGAUUCUGCCAUUCUGACUUCUAGUAGCAUUGAUGCAAUGGAUGAUUCUGCAUUUAGUGGACCUUACAAAUUUCCAUUCACUCCACCAUUAGACUCAUUCAGCUUAUGCUACUACACUUCCCAGGUCCCUGUCCCACCAAUUUUGGGUUUUUAUCAAAUGAAAGAGGAAGAAAUACAACUAAAAAUAACAGUUAAUUUAAAACUUCAUGAAAGUGUGAAAAAUAAUUUUGAAUUCUGUGAAGUUCACAUACCUUUUUACAAUAGAGGUCCAAUUACACAUGUGGAAUACAAAGUUAGUUUUGGCCAACUUGAAGUAUUUCGAGAGAAAAGCUUACUAAUCUGGAUUAUUGGACAGAAGUUCCCAAAAUCAAUGGAAAUUAGUCUUUCUGGAACUGUAACUUUUGGAGCCAAGAGCCAUGAGAAGCAGCCAUUUGAUCAGAUUUGCAUUGGAGGUACAACAUAUUUAAAGCUUCAUUUUAGGAUCUUAGAUUACACCCUCACUGGGUGUUAUGCAGAUCAGCAUUCAGUUCAAGUUUUUGCAUCAGGAAAACCAAAAAUAAAUUCACGCCGGGAACUAAUUUCUUCUGACUAUUACAUCUGGAAUUCCAAAGCUCCUGCUCCAGUAACAUACGGAUCUUUAUUACUGUAAUCACCUCAUGUUUAAAUGGCACUUAUACAAUGGUAACAUAGCUUAAAUUAAAUUAUAGUCUUUUACUUUUAAUAUGUAUACAUAUAACCUAUGGGGAAAAAAAUCAUUGAAUAAUUUAAUUAUAAAAUGCUCUUUAAUGUUUUUAGUCUGACAUAAUUUGAAAGAACUUUUUAAAGACUGAUGUCUCCAAUUUUGUUACCCUUUGAUUUUACACGACUAUGAUUCCAAGCAUAAAACAGUACUGAUUGACUGUAGGCUUGUUUUUGACUAGUCUUGGCUCAUCCUGCCAUACUUGUUCUUUCCUGCUUCUGUGGCAGACAUGGCUAAUCAGUCAUAGCCCUUUUUCACCACUGAGCCUUUCUGGAUAUGGGCUCAGGCUUCUUCUCAAUGCAGACAUACAAACAGCUACUCCCAAUGGAUUAGAGAUGACAUGCAAUAGAAAAAAACUUCAUUCUUCCAAACAUCAGUGCUAAGCUCCUAGUACAACAUGUUAUUACAGAAUACCAGCCAACUAACUACAUUGGAAACAAUUGAAAAUCUCUUAAAAAGAAUAGCUAAUAUGAAGGAAAUUUGUUUAAAUAGUAGCCUGUUCUUAAUCAGAACUGCCAUAUUGACUAAUAAAGAAUCUGCGUAAUUCUAUUUAAGGUGUUUAUCUCUGUUCUAGAGUUACUUUUCAGGUAAGCUUAUUAAUCUGCCACAAAAAUAUUUUACUUAGGAUGUCAGUAAGCACACUGAGAGGGAUAGGAUACCUUCAGAAGGUGAGCAGUGUUUUGUGAUUACUUAGUGUCUACAGCCAAAUUCUCAAAGAUAAAGCUAGGUAUAAUUGCUUUUCUCAUGUUUUGUUAUAUUAAAAUUUAUUAAUGAAUUCAAGUAAAAAUUCAAAAGCUAUUCUGUGGGUAGGGAGUAUCAUUUAAUCUUAUUUUUCAGUCUCAUGUAGCGUAUGUUCUUUAAAUUUGUCACUCUUACUUCCUUAUUAGCAUUCUCUUGGUUUCUUCAGGAACCAUCCAGUCAUACUUUUUAUUCUCUGCCUGUCUUUACAAUUAUAUUUCUUUCUGGUUCAAAACAGUUCUCAUUGUCAAAUUGGACUUGAGUAUUCAACAAAGAUGAAAUCUCAAGUUCUUCAAAGCUCAAUCCAUGUUGUUUCUUUUUAUAAAACAGAAUUAGAAGCAUUAUAAAAAUGUAUAUUACAGAUUAAUAUACAAUUAAAUUCUAUCGGUUUCUCAGAAAACCUUAGAGAAAGCUGCUAACUCUUCAAGAAAGCUAUGAUAGUUUGAAGAGAUAUUGCAUAUAAAUUCAGGAUUUGAAAUAGAUUUUUUAAUUAAGGUCAAUUGUAGUCAUUAUAGUUUUCACCUUCUGCAAGGCAUAAUGUUCUAUGUCCAAAAUUAUCCCGAGGAACAAAGAAAACAGAAUAAAACUACCUGACCAGGACUUUAACUUGUUAUUCUAGCUUAAUCAUAGAUAAUCAGGAGUAAAAACUACCCUUCUGAAAAAAUGAAAAAAAUCAUUCCCUUAAAGUUAUUGGUUUCUCUUAAAAGUCAAGGAAAGUUUAACAUUUAAUUUAUGUUAAUUUUAAUCCAGCCAUUGGGACACUUGAUUGUCUAAAUGUUUGGCAAGGUACACUAAGAUAGGCAAAAGGCAUUUAUCUAGUGAGUAGGCAGAGGUUCAGUGUAACAGUCACCUAGGGAAACUUUCUUCAUUAACAGUUAGAAAAACCAGUGAGUCUUUGGACUUCUUAGAAACCUGAGGAAAAUCUAGGGAGUCCUGGAAAAGUUCAGGGAUGAAGGAGAACCUGAUGCCAUCUGUUGCCAUUCGUCCUAACAUAAUGUUACAGAACUAAAACCAACUUCUGUUUUCAUCCCCAUGAGAUCAGCUGGGCACACUAUGAUGCUUUUGAUUUUGUCUACAAACCUGUCACUUCAGGAUAAUUUCUGAAGACAAAGUCCGUUUCCCGUUUGGUAGGUGACCUGUUUUAAUGUUUUCCCUGUGUCUGGGAACUCCUUAGUGUAAUUAGCGACCUUUGAACUCCACAACUAAUCCUGAGCUAUUUUGUAUUCCUUACUCAUCUUUAAGGCUGGACCUUUCUUUUCUUCUGAGUCUGCUGCCACAAUUAAAGAAGAAACAGCUGCAUUUCAAAGGGAUUCCGAUUCCAGAAGCUUAAUCGUGAUUGACAUGUUCUUAUUCUAAGCUGUAAGACACUCUUAGAGUCCUUUCUUGGGUUAAAACUUCAAUCAUUUUCUAAAAAAUUAUCUCACUAUGGAUUUCAUUCAUUUUCUUUGAUAACAAUUCUUUGCACUUUCUUAACUUGAAAGAUGCUUUGCGUUUGCAGUGAAUAUGAGCAUCAGCACCUACUUCCAGUUAAAGAUAUGGAUGGUGUCAGACUACUCUAGAUGCAAAAUUGCUAAAUUCCCUUUUAGUGUCAAAAUAUGAUUAUGAAAUCUGAUGUCUAUCAUAUGGGUAAUUAUCCUUCAGUAGGCCCAGAAGGAACAAAAAGUGUUAAAUUUCUGAAAAUAUACUCUAGAAAAAAAUGGCUCAUGAUUUUGAUAAAACCCAUCUUUUCUUCUUUUAUAAGUAAUAUUUUUAAAUAUUUGAAACUUUUCAAAGCCAGCAACACUAACAGUGUAAAGCAGUACCCCACCCCUUACAGUGGUAUGCAUUGUUUACUUUUUAAAUAAUCAAUUCAAAUGUCAGAUUUGAAGUAAGUAGCCUCAUCAGGGAUUCUUAAGGGGAUCAUUUAAAAUAUUUUUUUGAUAAACAUUAGUCUUAAAAUUUAAUUUUUUCACACCAACUCAGUAUUUCUAGUGAGUUAAAAUUAUUGUGGUUUUAUAUAUUGUAUGACACCCAUUAUAUUUCAAAGCACAAUUUUUUAUACAUAAUAACAACUGCUAAUAUUGUUCCCCUAUUUUUUAUUCUAGUAUUUCAAACUACUUUGUAGACAGUCAUAGACUCCUGCAUCGCCCCUGGGAGAUAGGUAGGUCGAGUUAUCAUUCAGAGCCUCUGUGGGGAUGGCUGCCAAAGCAGAAGGGUUGUUUCUAAGACAAAGGUCAGAAAAGGGUUGUUAAUCAACAGUCCUCAGGUUUAAGGGACUUUUUUAGGAUUACAUCUUAAAUUCCAACAAAUCAGAUUUAGGAGUUACUGAAAGUGAAAUUGAUCCAUCCCUCAUCCAAACUUUGCAAUACUUUCCUGUUCUGACAUCAUUUAGAUAGUUAGCUGUAUUAUCAGAUUAGAAACCAUUGUACCAGGCUGCUGAAAGGAAAAGGAGGCAAAAAGCUAAACAUGGGAUGAAUUCUGAACCUUUUAACCUGGCUGAAGUACGUUGGUCCCUGUUAUGCAAAUACUUUCAAUCCUCUGCUAAGUUCAGUGGAAAUAAUUUUCUUGAAUGACAGGUUUAUUCAGCAAGGAUUCAGUUGGUGAUUAAUCCCCCUUUGAUCUAGGGUAUUUCACUUAACUACCAGUUACCUCGUUCUGACAAAGUGCAACCGAGAUUAGGGAGAUCACUAGAACACUACCAGGGUGUGCGUUAUUCUCUCUAACCUUUUAAAGCAAGGGCCAAGAAUGCAAUUUAUUUUCAGUAUUUGAAGAUGUAAAGUCCUGUCUGCUAAGUUAGAAAGUCAAUUGAAUACCAAAUGAAGUUUAUUUCUUACGUAAUAGAACAAACAUUUCUUUUUGCUUUGCCUAACAAUGAUUUUAGGAAACACAGGCUUUGAAGAAAGAGGAAACAAAGACUACAUUCUAAGCAUGUCUUCCAUUUUCGUGUGGUAGAGUGUAUACUUAUUGGCCCUGCAGUGGCUACAACUUAGGUUGAGAAAAUGCUUCCAUUUUAUUAAACUGCAAGGUUUCUACCAGCCCUCCUGCCCCCAUUAAAAAAUGUCAUGCUAUGUAGUUAAGAAAUCCAACUGGGGAAAGCAAGUUGUAAUACACAAUUAUUCACCUUAAGACUUCUGAUUCCAAAGCUUUACUUGUUAACUUAGUCCUUUCUUGAGGAAAAGCAGCUUGUUCUGUUACCAUAAGAAUAAUUGCAUUCAUUUUCAGAAUUUUUUUUCAUCAAGUAAAGGAUGCCAUGCAAAAAUAACUUCAAAGUGUUUCAAAUUUCAGGAUAACUAUCUUCCACAAUAUUAGUCCUACUUUUUCUGCCUUUUACUCAUCUAACUUUGGGUACCCUCUUAUAUAACUUUAAACUUUGAAGUAUUCUAUGGAUUUUUAUGCAGUAUUUUAAGAAUAAAAUUUAAGAUGUGUCUCAUGCUAGCUUUCUCAAAUAAUUCACUUUUUAAAACAAUGUCUUUGUCAACAUUUUAUCCAGCAAGAUGUGAAAUUAGGGGAUUUUAUUCCUCAAGUGUAUUUUAAUACCCUAAAAAAAGAAACAAUGAUUUGUAACAAAAUUUGUUUUUAAAUGUUAGAUCAUUAUUAGUGAUUAAUUUUAUUAUUAGUGACGAAGUCUCUUAAAAAUGCUUUGUAACUGUUCUUUAUUCUGCAGUUUGCAAUUCAGAUUGUGUAUGUUGAUAGUUUUCUCUAACAUUUUUGGCUCAAACUUUUUGUGAUGCAGUUUCUAAAUUGAAACAAUAACUCAAAGAAGUGCAUGUUUCCCUCAUUUUGGUGCCAAACCAACCUCUCUAGUUUAGAAAACAAACUGUUUCUAAACAUCUUCUGAUAGUAAGUUACUUAACUGCAGCAAAAUUGAGGUUCAAAAAAAGUAUGUAAGAUGGAAGGCAGGGUCCCCUGUCUAUGUUACUAAAAACUAUUAUUUUUGAUAAUUGACAACUCUAUGUAGUAAAUAUUUAGUUAAUAAAGUAUUAUAUUUUGAAAUA